GAUUCCUGGGUAUACGGUAUACUGUGACUUGAUGUUGAUUGUAUACUCUUGUCCUGUGAUCCGCGUACCUGCACUUAAUAGUUAUACAUAUUUCGAACGAUUCGAUGAUCAAAAUUCCUUGUUUUCUGUCGCCGGUUCUCUAAUUGACAUGGGGAAAAACAAGCAAGCGCAACGAACGAAGAAUAAUGCUAGACCAUCGAACAGCAGCAGAAGUGCCGAACUUUUGGGCACUUCGAUGCCAAAUUUCGUUGGUUUCUCGGCUGUUAAAGACGGAGGAUAUGUACCCGUGUUACCAGGUUUAACAGUUUGCAAUACGAACGAAGUGGAAAUGAGCAAUGUCGAUAGUAACUUCCAAAUAGUAUUAAAGAAAAUGAAUAAGAAAGAUGCGACGACUAAGUUCAAGGCUUUACAAGAGUUUGCGGUCAUGUGCAAAGAGUCCGAGCUAUCAGCCGUGGAAGGGAUGUUACCAUUCUGGCCACGCUUGUAUUGUGCUUUGGCGAUAGACGUGGAACACAGAGUAAGGGAAGCUGCUCAAUUAGCACAUGCAUCCAUUGUGAAACGCGUAGGCAAAGGCAUAGCGAUGUACUUGAAACAAUUGGCAGGAGCUUGGUUCACUUCUCAAUACGAUACGUAUCCGCCUGCCGCAUCGGCAGCCAGUGGCUCGUUCAACGACACGUUUUCGAUGAAAAAAGUGAUCGACGCGAUUGUGCAUUGUCAACGUGAGAUCUUGGCUUACAUCUGCGAUAAUAUCACUGUUCAUAAUGCCCAAACGCUGUCCACGCAGAAGAAUCUUACUGCGGAAGAAAUGGAAGCGAAAUAUCAGAGGGUGCUGAUAGCCAGUUUACAAGGAUACAGCGUUUAUUUGAAAAAAGUUCCUAUAAACGAAAUCGAGAAGAUGCUCGACGUUCACCAGAGAAUCGUCGGCAGCAACAAGUUUUGGAAGCUGGUGAAGCACGAUGCUCUCCCGGUUAAGACAGCUUUCUUCAACGUUUUAACGUCGAUGAUCGAGAAUGCUAACGCACUCUUGCGAGACGAAAAGAAGAGGACAGUUACAGCUGUCAUGAAUAGCCUCGAUGAAUCGGAGCCUGCACUCCUCUCGGCUGUAUGGGAAUCUGUGCUUGUCACCAUCAAAGAAAUAGAGGAUUGGCACGUUAUAGUGAGUAUAGAGAAACUGGUGCUACCAAAAUUAUGGCGUGUUCUACGAACCGGAGGUCAAUGUUGCGCCAGUAUAGUUUAUCCGAGUCUACUGCCUUUCAUCAGCCAAUUCCCGAAGUUCAACGUCGAUCCUCGCUACUUGUAUAUAAAUUUCUUUAACAAUAUGCGACAGGGAUUCUCCGUGAAAAGCGUACAAAUGAGUCGAUCGGAAAUGUCCGCGGUCACGGCGUCGUUUGUCGAGUGCCUACAGUAUUCCGUUCUCUUAAACAUGAACAAUCAGGACUUGAACAUCGCGCUGGUCAAAGAGCAGCUGAUACCCGUAUUAGAAAUGUGCUUCAAAGAAAACAGUCCUAUGAAGCAGGUACUAUUUUGCGAAAUUACUCAUUUACUAAGGUACUGGAGCAAGAAUCGGAAUAAUGAAGAGUACGAGCCUUACAAUUGUUUAAUACAAGAAUUUUGGCGAGAUCUCGAUUCGUUGUUUGGUACGCUUCUGGACGCUGGUCGAAAUUCGGAGACAUUCGGUGUUCCGGACACGAACAAUUCUCAGAUCGAAUUCUUGGUCACUCUCAAGACAGCGCCCGAGCGUGGUCGUAAAAACCUAAAGGUAACAUUUUCUAACGAGGAAGACGGCAUGACGACUUGUCCGCCUCGAACGCAAACCAUGGAGACCGAUACCGAUGCCCAGUUCCUUGCUGAGCUCAACGAUUUCGUCGAUUCGCUCUGUGUCAAAUAUUUUAAACGUAUCACCGAGCAGCGCUCGAAGAAAUACAUCGUAUACUUGAACAGGCUCAUCGCAUGCUUCGAGUGCGACGAGCUUUCGAAGAACCUGUCCAAGUUCUUCGAGACGGAAAUAAAUUAUUUAAAUUUCUAUAACGAGAUUUUGCGGGAUUGGCUGUUGGAACGAUCGAAAGACACCGAGCAUAUGAUAGAAUUGACGUUCAACGUUAUGAAGUACAUGCAUGAUUCCGAGAAGAACGAGAUCUUGAAGACGUUGACAGAGUUUGACGAUAUCGUGAUCAUCAGAAGCGUAAUGCAAUGCGCUUUGUCCAAGAAACAUAGAAAUGACGUCGUCGUAAAGAAGUGGUGUUCGCAGUCAAAGAUCACUGAUCUAUUGAUAGACGUGACGAAGGAAAUUGCUUCGGGCAAUUAUUCUGAUUUAGAGAAGAACCAGAAACUGAUUCUUCUCGCCUUCGAACCCCUUGUCGACGACGGCACUUUGUUGACGACUCAAGAAGGGAUCAAUGAAAUUAUGUCAAUAAUUUGCAAUUCGUACCACGAAACAGAUGAAUCGUGUUUACUAGAUUUCGCAAGAUUGGUUACGAACAUUGCUCCGUUGACGUGGACUUAUAAAGAGACGAUGGCCGGAGCCGUACAAAUACUAGAGACACUGUUUCAACUACGUUCUCAAAGUUAUUUCAGCAAUAAUUCUACUUUCCUCGACACGAUGAGGAACGUGUGGAACAGCGGUCUCCUGAAAGCCAUACAAACCCUCUCCCAUACAGAAUUCAUCGAUUUAACUAAGAACUUCGCGACUUCUAUGUGGAGGAGGAUCUACGACCAAAACGAGGAAAGCAGCAGAGAAAUGUUGGUAGACAUAGCCGUCGAUUUCCUGGAGAUCGUACUCCAUGACCAAGUCUCUAUUACGAAGGAUCACGCGGAACAAAUUAUUCUGACGUUUUUAACGGGCCCUGACAUAACUACUUGGAUGACGGAUAUGACUGGAGCAGCGAUAUACGCAGAAACGAUAUCUGGCAAACUGUACGUGUCGUCUCUCAAACAGGAAAUAGAAAUUCAUCGAACGCGUAUGCCCAUCGAUUUGACCAGCAACACGAUCACAGACAGCAUCGAAAAUUGCUUGACAUGGGCGCAUUUCAAUACGUAUCUAUUAAAUAAUAUAAGCGCGAGAUCGAUCGAUAAGUUUGACAGACAGGAAGCUCAAAACUUUUUUAUAUACAACUUGAACGUACCUGGGAUCACGAGUCUCAUAGUAGAUAUCGUCUAUUCGAUUGCUUUAGGUGAAAUUUAUACUGAUCAUUAUAAAUCUACCAAGUGUUACAAUAAUGCAAAUCAAAUUUUAGCGACCGUACACGACAGUUUUAAACAAUUGCGGAAAUACGUCAACGACGAUACGCUUAAUGAAAUUCUUGAUCAUGUGAAGCAGAAUUAUUCGAGCUACGGAAGUAUGUUACCGUACGUGAUACACUUCUGUUGCACCGAGUUGUACCAUGGCACAGAACCUGAAAAACUGUUUGAGACCAACAGACUCAGUGAUAUAUUUACUACGAGUGAAGAAACCACGCUGCAGAGUCUGCAGAUUUUUUCUAAAUUGAACAUUAUCAAAAACAUUCCACUGGCAACUGACAACGAUGUCUACGAAUUAAUGGUAGCAAGGAGUAUGUUGAUCAACGACGCUGACCGCAUGAACUAUGCCGAUAUUUUGCAAAAAAUAAUAUCUUACGAAAAAGAAGAUCCUUCGUUAUUGGCUCUCGAUUGUGAAAUUUCCGAAAUUCCAUGGGACAGACUGAGCGUAUCUUUAGAACUGAUAAGAUUAUUGACGGACCUCGUGAAGAGAGCACCGUCUAAGCUGACCGACGAACAUUGGAAUUUUAUUUUAAUCUCUUUGGUUCUGUGGCAAUUGUCCAUCGCUAAAUCGAAACAAAACGCGGAUGAUUUUAAGGUGAUUGCGCUGACAGUAGCCGUUUGCCAAUUGUUUCACGCGCUCCAGAGUCUAAUUAACAGACACGAGCAAGAGAAAGGAGCGGAAAUGCCACCGACGUUACUCGACGAAUGGAAGAACGUUUUCGCCGCCGAUGUCCAAAAUGCAAUUGUACAAUGUUGGAUGUUCCACGCAGAUUUGAACAACGAGAAGGCGACGGGCUUAAAUCCUGUCGUAUCAUUGGAUCAUCUGGGAAAAGCGGUAAAGAUAUUGAACGGAAACGUGAUCUUUAACGGUGAAUCGAGUACAUCGCUCGAGGCGUCCGUUAAGCUAGCAUUGAAAUUACUUCAGUCUCCGGUAGUCAGUAUACAAUUAGGCGCAUAUCACGUGUUGAGACACGCCGUACCGGAGCUCGUGCGACGAGACAAAGCUACCGUUGAAUUAGAAAACUCUGACCCGACUACGCUCAACAUUAAAAUGAUGGAGGAUAUACUUGAAAGCACGCAGAACAUCGUCAACACAAUUCUAAUGGAUUUCAAACUUUGCGAUACCGUCAGCUGCACUAUUCAGCCAUACACGGACUCUUACACUUACACCGUUGGAUAUCUACUGUCGUGGGCCAUCAUUUUAGACAUGUGCGCUCACGCUCACGGAGAUCUACUCUAUCAGUAUGCCGAACUACUCAAGGACAACUUUUUUCCCAGUUUGUUAAAUAAUAUAUUCCGGUUGAUGCCAGUAGAAGUGCUCCAGGACAGUAAGAACAAGGGCGCCAAGUUAGUGGAGAUAUUUUCCACCGAGCCAUCUCUAGAUUUCGGAGAAAGUUGGACGGAAUGGAGAUUGGAUCAUAUAGUGUGUUGGCUGUACACUAACAGUUUGAGGCAUUUACCGGUGCUGGUAAGACAAUGGUGGAGCACCGCCGACAGCAGAGUAAGUGCCGCCGUGGACAAGAUCACCACGCACUACGUCAGCCCUAUGCUCUGCCAGGAAGAACUCCGCGACAACAAAUUGCAAAAUAUCGAGAACAUGCAUGUGAAAGUUCAUCCGACGUUUCGCGAGGUGGUGGCCUUGUAUCAGAUGGACGAUACGAAAUUGGAACUUAACAUCGUGUUGCCGCCUAAUCAUCCCUUGGGACCGGUUACCGUUGGACCCGGGCAACACGCGGGUGGAACCGCUAAUUGGAGGAAUUGUCACAUGCAAUUGUCUAUAUUCCUCACGCAUCAAAACGGAUCCGUUUGGGACGGACUCGCGUUGUGGAAGAGGAACUUGGACAAGAAGUUCGCCGGCGUGGAGGAGUGUUACAUAUGUUUCAGUAUCUUCCACAUAAACACGUAUCAGAUACCAAAAUUGUCUUGUCACAUUUGCCGGAAGAAAUUCCACACGGCGUGUUUGUACAAAUGGUUCAGCACCAGCCAAAAGUCCACGUGCCCGAUAUGCAGGAGCGUAUUUUAAGUUACCUCGUUACAAAAUCUGUUUUAUUUAAUUAAUUAAGUUACACUGUAAAUAAUAUCGAAGGAGAUUUGAAAAAAGAAAUGAAUUUACAAUAAAGCAUCCGAGAAAUACGUA